ACCCUGCCAGUCCCCUUACUUGAGCUAUUCAACACAUCCCUUCUGCACAGUGGCUUAAAGGUAAGCUUCAUUUCCAUCUCUUAUUUUAGGUUGAUCGGACCAGAGAGACACACAUUGCAGAGCCGGGGAAUGUUUCACCUGCGUUUUGACCUGCCAGAAUGAAGCUCCUACUUCAUAUGCUUGUCCUUGCUCUCAUAAUAACCUCCACAUUUUGUGGAGUCAAGGACUUCACUGAGCAUUUUGAAAGCCUUAAAGAUGCACAGCCACAUGAAAAUGGGACUUAUGAUAUGCCAAACUUACCACCUGAGUUCCACAGAGAGAACACUAUCACUAAUGACUUGAUUCCUGAAGAGGAGGAAGAGGAGGACUAUCUCGACCUUGACAAGAUAUUGGGUGAAGAUGACUACAGUGACAUUAUUGAUGCUGGCCCAUACAUGGUUUCUGAAAUUCAGCAAGGAAAUAUUCUUGAACUAUUCCAAGGCAAAACCAGAAUCCAGCGACUCAACAUCCUCAAUGCCAACUUUGGCUUCAACCUUUACCGCAGUGUGGCAGACAAAGCCAACUCUUCAGAUAAUAUUCUCAUGGCUCCUGUUGGCAUUUCCACUGCAAUGGCUAUGAUUUCUCUGGGUCUGAAGGGUCAGACUCAUCAGGAAGUGUUGUCCGUUCUUGGCUUUCAAGAUUUUAUUAAUGCCAGCACCAAAUAUGAGCUCAUGACUGUUCAUAAUCUCUUCCGCAAACUCACUCAUCGGCUAUUCAGGCGCAAUUUUGGUUAUACACUGAGGUCUGUCAAUGACCUUUAUAUUCAGAAGGACUUUUCUAUUCUGAAUGAUUUCAGAAACAAUAUGAAAACAUACUACUUUGCUGAUGCCCAACCAGCUGAUUUUUUGGAUCCUAACUUCAUAACUAAAACCAACGAACGCAUCUUGAAGCUGACCAAAGGAUUAAUAAGGGAAGCUCUUGUGAACGUAAACCCUACAACACUGAUGAUGAUUCUUAACUGUCUUUACUUUAAAGGAACUUGGGAGAAUAAAUUUCCAGUGGAAAUGACAGCGAAGAGAAGUUUCCGACUGAACGAGAAGCAAACAAUAAAGGUUCCUAUGAUGCAGACUAAAGGGAACUUCCUAGCUGCUGCAGACCCUGAGCUAGACUGCGGUGUGAUCCAGCUCCCAUUUGUGGGGAACAUCAGCAUGCUGAUUGUACUGCCGCACAAACUCUCGGGCAUGAAAGCCCUAGAAAAGCAGAUAACACCGCAAGUGGUGGAAAAAUGGCAGAAGAGCAUGACAAACAGAACAAGAGAAGUGGUUCUGCCUAAAUUUAAGCUGGAGAAGAGUUAUAACUUGAUUGGUUAUCUGAGAUCCAUGGGAAUAGAAGAACUGUUCAAUGAAAAAGGCAACUACUCUGGUAUAUCGGAUGAGAAAAUCACCAUUGACAGGUUCAAUCAUCAAGGCACAAUAACUGUGAACGAGGAAGGCACAGAGGCCGGAGCAAUAACCAAUGUCGGGUUCAUGCCUCUUUCUACUCAGAUUCGCUUUAUUGUCGACCGCCCCUUUUUGUUUAUGAUCUAUGAACAUCGUACCAGUUGCCUUCUGUUCAUGGGUAGAGUUGUCAACCCAGCCAAGUCUUAAAAGCAGAGAAGACCUCCAACACACUGUUAUACAUGGGCUGUAUAAUUACAUAUUAAUAUACCAGUAACAUAAAGGAAAUUUUAUUGUCGUAUUAGCUAAUACAAAAGCCACUAGUAUCAAAAGAAAAUAUAUUACCUACAGGUAGUUUCACAUGAAUGGACUCAUAGCAGUCCAAUAGUAGAUAAUUUGACUGCAAUUUAAAAUGGUUACUGCCAUGUAUCAAUACAAGUGUAUUAAAAAAAAAAAAUCACAAAGUAACGUACACUUUGUGUUCUACUUCAGUGUAUAAAAUGUAAUCAAUAAAAUAUUUAGACUAUCUAGA